AUGGACUUGACCGUGGAGGAAAAGAUGUUCUUUGAUAGAAUUGAGAAGGAAUUCCUUGACUAUGUCCAAAAUGGUAUCCCCAUCCGUUUCAUAUAUGUCAAAGAGAUGCGGCUCGUUGAUCGAGCUUUCGUGCAGCAACAUUACCUUCCCCGUGUCAGGAGGUUGAGAACAAAUCCCGUCACCCUGGAAUUCAUUGAACAUACCUCCUCAACCAAGCCGCGCAUGCAGGCUUACCUGCAGACGGUGGUGAAAUAUGACAUGCUCUCCCACAGCUGGCUGCUCGCGCCGACUGCGAUCAAGUUUUACGACAGCAAUUGGCAGCCCUUGUACGGUGAAGGAGGCGACAGAGCCUUCUGUCGCCUUGUCGAGGCCAUCAUGCUGGCCAGCGGCGACUCGACGGUCUUGAACUGGUGCGGUGGCGCUGCAGACUUACAUAAUUCCAAUGCCAUGCCGCACUCGCCCAUUGCCUACCUCUGUGGCUUCCCACACGACGAUUAUCUCUGGUCAACGGAAGGACUGGACAUGGCAAUGACAAGCCGCGGACUGCAAGUCCAGCUUCUCAUACUUCCCAUGAAACUACGAAAACAUAUUUGUGUUAUGGCUCAGGUGCUACCUCGUACGACCUCGUCCUCUCAUGCUGUUAGCUGUAGUUUUAUAAGAACAUCGGUCAUGUUGUUGCCGAGCUGA